UUGCCGCUCAACAGCCUCAGCCCAGCUCUUGGUUCUUUUUUGCGCAACUCGUUUUUGCCGACGAACAUCAAGGAGAUCGUGGGCCAGGCCGGAGCAGCCAGCAACGUGACCAAGCUGAUGAACUGGCUGUCCAAGUGGUAUAUGAGCCACGAUGGCAAGAAGAAGGCGCAGCGACCCAAUCCCUGGGCCAACAACGACGAUGGUAGCUUCUACAAGGCUGCCCUGCUGUCGGGACCACCAGGAAUAGGAAAGACAACGACAGCUACGCUAGUGGUCAAGGAACUGGGCUUCGAUGCGGUGGAGUUCAAUGUCUCCGUGGAGCAAGCGUCUGCUCCCACGCUGCUGGGAAAGAAGUCCCUCUGUGUAAUCAAAAAGCAUGUGCUAAUCAUGGACGAGGUGGACGGCAUGGCUGGCAACGAGGAUCGCGGCGGGAUACAGGAGCUAAUUGCCCUUAUCAAGGACAGCUCCGUACCUAUCAUUUGCAUGUGCAACGAUCGCAAUCACCCGAAGAUCCGAUCUCUCGUCAACUACUGCUUUGACCUGCGCUUCCAGCGCCCGCGUCUCGAGCAGAUCAAAGGCAAGAUCAUGAGCAUAUGCUUCAAGGAGAAGGUCAAGAUCUCGCCGGCCAAAGUCGAGGAGAUCAUAGCAGCCACAAACAACGAUAUUCGCCAGUCCAUCAAUCACAUUUCCCUGAUGAGUGCGGGAGAAGAUAUUCCCACCCAAUCGCAGGCUAAGGUGGAGCUGAAGACGGCCUCCAAAGAUCUUAAGCUGGGACCUUGGGAAGUGGUUCGCAAGGUCUUCACCGCCGAGGAGCACAAGCGGAUGUCUUUCGCCGAUAAAUGUGAUUUAUUCUUCCACGACUACAGUCUGGCGCCACUGUUUGUCCAGCAGAACUAUCUCCAGGUCACGCCACAGGGCAAUAAAAAGGAUAUUCUGGGCAAAGUGGCAGCCACUGCGGAUGCCCUUAGUAUUGGCGAUAUGAUAGAUAAACGAAUCCGUGCCAACUCCGCAUGGAGUCUGCUGCCCACGCAGGCAUUUUUCAGCUCUGUUCUCCCGGGAGAGAAAAUGGCAGGCCACUUCACGGGGCAGAUCAACUUCCCCGGCUGGCUGGGCAAGAACUCGCGGACCACGAAACGGGCGAGACUAGCCCAGGAGCUGCAUGAUCACACUAGGUCUUGCACCUCCGGCUCCAGGCUUUCCGUCCGGCUGGACUACGCUCCCUUUCUACUGGACAACAUAGCCCGUCCGCUGGCCAAAGAUGGCCAGGAUGGAGUGUCCGCUGCACUGGACGUAAUGAAGGACUACCACCUGCUGCGUGAGGAUCUCUCGCCGGGCAAGAAGUCCCCGCUGGAUGCUGUGGAUGGCCGCGUGAAGGCGGCCCUGACGCGGUCCUACAACAAGGAAGUGAUGGCCUAUUCCUACUCCGCCCAGGCGAACAUCAAGAAGAAAAAGUCGGAGGCAGGUGCCGCCGAUGAGGAGCUGCUUGGCCUGGAAGAGGACCUCGAGGAGGGGGAAACCAAUCGCGUAGACUCGGAUGAGGACGAGGAUAAAGACAACCUAGAGCUAGAUGGCCUGAUCAAGGCCAAAAAGAAGUCCACGGCUGCCAGCACGUCGAAGGCAGCGAGCGGAUCCAAGAAGUCGACCGCUGGUUCGACGGCCGCCAAGCCCAAGUCCAGAGCCAAAAAGUAAACCCAAUGUUCCUUUGUUUCAAUUUAUACAUUACUUCAUUGAUGGUUAUUCCCUUUACGAAUCUCUCAUCCAAUAAAAAUUCACGUUGAAAUAGAGCACCGUUUAACUAUAAACUUUAUUUAUAAAAUAAAAGAAUGAAAUUUU